AAAAUUACUUCCAUUAUGGGUGUUCGGGAUACUACAAAAACGGGUGAAUCCAACGGAAUAGCAUCAGUCGAUCGAUCCGAUCCAAAGUCCAACGACAAUAUGAGAGGAGUAUUCAAAGUAGUGUGCGUGUUCGGUCUGUGCGCCUACGCAUUGGCGUCGGAAAAUACUACAGGUAAAUCGAUAGAUAAAGCAGACAAAACCACAGCAACCGCCGACGAUAGCAAGAACCAAGGCAAGAGGGGCAUUUUCGACACCGGCUAUGGAUACGGAUCCGGCGGUUUCGGUCAUCAGCUUACCGGUCACGACUACCACCACGAACCACAAGUGCUGUCCAAGACUAUCAUCAAGGAAGUCGCCCAACCGUACCCAGUCGAAGUCGAGAAACACGUACCGUACCCGGUAAAGGUAGAAGUACCCGUCGACCGCCCAUAUCCCGUGCAUGUACCCAAACCGUAUCCAGUGCACGUCGACAAGCCCGUCCCGUACGAGGUCAAAGUCAAUGUUCCACAACCGUACACCGUCUACAAACACGUCCCUUAUGAAGUCAAGGUACCCGUCGACAAACCAUACACCGUCCACGUGCCCAAGCCAUACACCGUUUACGUCGAGAAGCGCGUCCCUUAUGAAGUCACCAAGCACGUACCUUACACAGUCAAAGUUCCCGUCGACAAGCCGUACACCGUGCACGUGCCCGUCGAGAAGCACGUUCCUUACACCGUCGAAAAGCCAGUACCCUACCCGGUCAAAGUUCCGGUCGAUCGCCCGUACCCAGUGACCGUCGAGAAGCACGUGCCUUAUCCCGUCGACAAACCGGUGCCGUACACGGUCGAGAAACCAGUGCCGUACCACGUCAAAGUUCCUGUCAAAGUCGAAGUCCCUGUACCAUACGAAGUGCCACAUCAAUAUCACCAACACGAAGAACACUCAUAUGGUGAAACAUCGUACGGCGAACACGGAAGCCACAGUUAUGAUUUAAUAUUUAUUGAUAUUUAUAGCGUGUUCGCUAUCACGAUGAGAGGUAUCCUGUACACGGCGUGCGUAUUCGGGCUUUGCGCCUACGCUCUGGCUAAGGACGAUGAAGUGAAGAACGCUCCAGUUGAAGACGACAAGAAGUCGUCCGCGGACAAGACCCAGGACAAGAGGAGCCUGUUCGACACCGGUUACGGAUACGGUUCGAGUUAUGGAUACGACGCCCAUGUCGGUGGCGACGAUUACCACGGUCACGGACACGUGCUGUCCAAGACCAUCAUCAAGGAGGUGGCGCACCCUUACCCAGUACCAGUCGAAAAGCACGUGCCAUACCCCGUGAAGGUGGCCGUGCCCGUCGACCGCCCAUACCCCGUCCACGUGCCAAAACCUUACCCAGUGCACGUUGAGAAACCAGUGCCGUACCCCGUCAAGGUAGCCGUGCCGCAGCCAUACCCAGUUGUCAAGGAGAUCCCGGUACCGGUUAAGGUUCCAGUCGAUCGCCCGUACCCUGUGCACGUUCCCAAGCCAUACCCAGUGUACGUCGAGAAGCACGUCCCAUACCCAGUGGAAAAACACAUCCCAUACCCCGUCAAGGUGCCAGUCGACCGUCCAUACCCGGUUCACGUACCCGUCGAGAAGCACGUCCCAUACCCCGUCGAGAAGCCAGUGCCCUACCCCGUCAAGGUGCCCGUCGACCGCCCGUACCCGGUAACAGUCGAGAAACACAUACCGUAUCCAGUCGAGAAGCCCAUCCCGUACCCAGUCGUCAAGCACAUCCCGUACCCGGUCAAAGUUCCUGUCAAAGUCGAAGUCCCAGUACCGUACCCGGUCAAGAGCCACGAACACCACUACGAACAUCACGACGACCACCACAGCAGCUAUUAACCGAACGGCCCCACAGCAUUGAUACGCAUUUAUCGCAUCUAAACGGUUUUAUGAAACCGAAAAAUGGUUACCACUAAUUUGUUAAGUACUUUUUUAAUUUUAAUUUUUUUUUUUACUUUGUAAAUAUAAUUUUUAUACUAUAAAUAUACUUCCUAUGUCAUUAUCUUUAAACGAAAUUAAUUUUAAUUAUAUAACGGAAUUAAAAACAUUUUCUCUCAACUUUGACUGUUACCGACUAAGAUCUUUUUUUUUUACGACCUUAAAUUAACCUUUAUUUUUGUAUAUAUUAAACUUUUACCCCCGACCCCCUGUCAACCUAUACCAUAAUCAGCUAUAUUCUCCUUUUUAUAGCGACGGAAAAAAAAAGCUCUACAAAGGAAACUGUCGAGGGACGACAAUAUUAUAUGAAAUGAUGUAUAAUGCAGUAUGAAUAAAGUUUAUUUUCUUUGA